GAAUGAAGAUCAGAUUCAAGGGCUUCGUCAGGCUUGUCAACUGGCCUGUCAUAUUCUACUUCUAGCUGGAAAGAGUUUAAAGGUUGGCAUGACAACCGAAGAAAUAGAUUCCAUUGUUCAUCACGAAAUAAUCAGACAAAAUGCCUAUCCUUCACCUCUAGGCUAUGGAGGUUUUCCCAAAUCUGUUUGUACCUCUGUGAACAACGUGGUAUGUCAUGGUAUUCCUGACAGUCGACCUCUUCAGGAUGGAGAUAUUAUCAACAUUGAUGUCACAGUAUAUUGCAAUGGCUACCAUGGUGACACUUCUGAAACAUUUUUGGUGGGCAAUGUGGAUAAAUCUGGUCAAAAGUUAGUGGAGGUUGCCAGGAAAUGUAGAGAUGAAGCAAUUGCAGCUUGCAGACCAGGGGCUCCCUUCUCUGUAAUUGGAAACACAAUCAGCCGCAUAGCACAUCAGAAUGAUUUCCGAGUCUGCCCCUACUUUGUUGGGCAUGGAAUAGGAUCUUACUUCCAUGGACACCCUGAAGUUUGGCAUCACGACCAUGACAGUGAUUUGUUAAUGGAAGAGGGAAUGGCGUUUACAAUAGAGCCAAUAAUAAUGGAAGGAUCGCCUGAAUUUAAGACCCUAGAGGAUAAAUGGACUGCAGUUUCUGUAGACAAUAAAAGAUCAGCCCAGUUUGAGCAUACCAUUGUAAUUACCUCAGGAGGAGCAGAAAUCCUUACUAAAGUAUUGGAAGAAUCUUAA